AUGGCCCGAUCCCAACAUCCCCUUCCCUCCCACACACCCCCCGUUCUCCCCCCUGCAGUCGGCGAUCAGCGCGGGGAUCACGACGUGGUGCACAUUGCAGGCACGACGCGCGUGUGGGUGGACCACUGCCAGGUGUACAAGGCCAUACGCGGUACAGUGGACGCCGUUUACGGCUCAACGGACAUCACCAUCAGCAAUUCGUAUAUUAGCAACCGCAACCUCACCAUGCUGCUGGGUGCGGAGGACGACGGGGUGUACGACGUGGACAUGCGGGUGACCCUCUACCGCAACUGGUUUGACAAGUCGGGGCAGCGGCAGCCCAAGGCGCGGUGGGGCAAGGUCCACGUGGCCAACAGCCUCUACUCCAAGUGGUCCUAUUACUGCCUCGGCGGCCGUAUGUACGCUGCAAUUCGCUCCGACCGUAAUAUCUUUAUCGCUGGAGACGCGCGAAAAGAACUCACCCCGUGGUUUGGGGAACGCGCCCUUUGGACGGAGGGGUUUGAUACGACUCCCGUGAUCCGGUCGUUUGGGGAUUUGCUGGUCAAUGGAGCGACUUUUACCGAGUUUAACGCGGAUUUGUCGAUUUUCGACCCGCCGUAUCGGCUGCCGAUGCACACUGCGGAUAGAGAGCUCGCGCACUUUAUACGCGUUAAUGCAGGGCCUAGAAACGGGGAUGUUCCUGAGCUGCCGUGCACGCCUCAAACCUGCUUCCAGUGA